AUGCCACAUGGGAGCUCGUCCCAUUACCUCACGAAAAAAAAGACGGUGGGAUGCAGUUGGACCUAUACUAUAAAACUCAAAGCAGAUGGAUCCAUUGAAAUAUAUAAAGCCAGAUUGGUGGCAAAGGGGUAUACACAGAGGUAUGGGGUGGACUACCAGGCAACCUUUGCCCUAACAGCCAAGAUCAACACUAUCAAAAUUCUACUGUCUGUAGCAGCAAAUCAAGAUUGGCCACUGCAUCAGUUUGAUGUUAAAAAUGUCUUCUUACAUGGAGACUUGGAAGAAGAGUUAUACAUAGAUUUACCACCAAGAUAUAAUUUAGCACAUGACAAGAAAAAUCAAGUUUGCAAGCUCAGAAAGUCAUUAUAUGGGUUAAAAAAAUCUCUCAUGCCAUGGUUUGGAAGAUUUACUAAGUCCAUGAAGAAUUUUAGAUACACUCAAAGUAAUUUAGGGCACACCCUGUUCUUGAAACGUAAUGGAGGAAAAAUCAAUGUAUUAAUUGUUUUUGUGGAUGACAUGGUCAUAACUGGGAACGACACAUUAGAGAAACAGAAGCUACAAAAGUAUUUAUCUCAUGAAUUUGAGAUGAAGGAUUUAGGUACUCUAAAAUACUUCCUCAUAAUUGAAGUAGCAAAGUCAAAAACUGGUAUUGUUUUGUCUCAAAGGAAGUAUGUGAUGGAUUUACUCACUGAGACAGGAAUGCUAGGAUGUAAGCCUGCUGACACACCUAUUGAGAUGAAUCACAAGUUAUGCGAAGACAUGGACCGUUUGCCAACCAAUAAGAAACAAUACCAAUGCCUUGUUAGAAUGUUGAUAUAUUUGGCACACACAAGACCAUAUAUUGCAUAUGUUAUGAGUAUGGUUAGUCAGUUCAUGCAUUCACCCAAUGUUUAUCAUAGGAAUGCAGUUGAUCAGAUCUUAAGAUACUUAAACUCAGCCCUUGCAAAAUGA